AUGCCUACUACUACUCCUAAGAAAAAAACUAAGAAAGUAACUAAAAAAGUCAAGAGUGCACCAUCUGGUGCUACUCGUAAAAGUAAUAGUUCUAGAAGCCCAUCACCGACUGUACGUCGUCGAACAACAACGGGUAGUCCAAAACUUAAGCGUAAAGGUUCGACAAAGAAGGGGCGUAAAUCGGCUAAAAGUAGCAAACCACCCGAACCUGUUGUCGAUAUCAAGAGUCCUGCUGCUAUGCUAAACGCUUAUUACAUAUGCCAUAGUGCUGCUGAAUUUUUAACUAGUCGAGGAUUUGAAUGGCAGGGUGCGUCUAAAAAGAAAAAAAAGAAAGGAAAAUCCAAAAAGUGA